AUCGUGACGUCGCCGGCCACGGACUACUUUCAUUUUCUCAACUUUCAUGAGGAGCUUUCUCGUCGUCGACACUUUUAACAAAACCUUUAUACCGCAGCGCAGCCUAACUUUUUUCUUAACGCACAAUAUACGACUAUUUCAGUAUGUCUGGAGAACCUGCAGAACAAACUGCACUCGGAGGAGAAGUGGAAGAAGAGAAGCUGAGUGGGGACAAAACAGAUGCCAAACCAGACCGCAAAGGAAGAUUUCUGCUAUUUGGGAGUAAGAAGAAAAAGGAUGGCCAGAUGCAGGAGCAGGACUACUCUUCUGAAAGCCAUUACAGAAUUGUUUCACCAACAUUCCAGUAUAAGAUGAGCCACCAGCACGUGGGAAAGUGCAUCAUCAUCAACAACAAAAACUUUGAUGAAAAGACAGGGAUGAAUGUUCGCAACGGCACCGACCGGGACGCGGGCGAGUUGUUCAGAUGCUUCAAGAGCCUCGGCUUCGACGUCCGCAUCUACAACGACCAGACGUGCGAGAAGAUGGAGCGUCUUCUCAGAGAAGCCUCCGAGGAAGACCAUAGUGACAGCUCGUGUUUCGCCUGUAUCCUGCUAAGCCACGGCGAGGAGGGCAUGAUCUACGGCACGGACGGCGCCAUGCCCAUCAAGACCAUGACCUCGCUGUUCAGGGGCGACAUGUGCAAAAGCUUAGUGGGGAAGCCGAAGCUCUUCUUCAUCCAGGCUUGCCGGGGCUCUGAGUUUGAUGACGGUAUACAGACCGAUUCGGGUCCGCUAAAUGAUACCGUGGAGACCGAUGCUAACCCGAGACAUAAGAUCCCCGUAGAGGCGGAUUUCCUCUUUGCGUACUCCACCGUGCCGGGAUACUACUCGUGGAGGAACCCGGGCCGCGGCUCCUGGUUCGUGCAGGCGCUCUGCAACGUCCUGAACGAGUUCGGCAAGCAGCUGGAGAUCAUGCAGAUCCUGACGCGGGUCAACUACAUGGUGGCCACCAGCUUCGAGUCCUGGUCCGAAGACCCGCGCUUCAGCGAGAAGAAGCAGAUCCCCUGCGUGGUCUCGAUGCUGACGAAAGAACUGUAUUUCAACUGACCGCCCAACGACUACACCGACUCGACCGACUCGACCGACUCGACUGGACUGACUGGACCGACUGUUUCAGGCUCUGACUAAGCGGUCAAGGCAUUCAGGGAUGAUUCAGGCCUGGCUGGGGAGACUUGCAGCACAUUUGACUCGUGUAGUUGGGCCCAAAAAAAAACAAGCACUCUGUUAGAAAAAAACAAACAAAAAAAAACAAUAUCUAUAUAUAUAUAUUUACAGUGGCACUCCACGUCCAUGUGUCGACGGUGAAACUCCUCCCCCUUGUUCUGGAGGAGGGGGGCGGGGCUUCCUCUCCUUCAGAAUAAUGGCGUCACAUUUCAUCUGAUCUUUGUCAAACAGGCGUAGUGAAAUAUCCAUGUUAUUCUACCAACCCCGGAACAUUUUCUUUUCCUGCUGCCAGUUCUCGUAGGUUUUUGUGGAUCCGUAGCUGAAUAUUUUAUUGGUCCAUUUUCCAGCAUUUGUCAUGAGACGAACAAGACACACAAGAAAGGUUCAGAUCAAGUUGACGUUUAACGCCCGUAAUACCCCUUCAACUAGUGGACGACGAAACCAAGUACAAUAGUUUUUAGAGUUUUUAAUGAUUUAUUUUAUUAAUCCCACUGAUUUCAUGACCUAGAUUAAGCCUGGUUUUGAGACACUUGAAUAGCUUUUACCUUUCAUUUCUGUAGUAGAGUUGAGUCGACCUAAGGUUUCAAAGCCAGCCCGACCUUUUUUUAUUUUAAUUUUUUUUUGGGAACUUCUUAUGCUGGACCAAUCAGAUCGUCUGUGCAUGCGUGAUGUGAUGAUGCACAGGAGAGAAACGGCGUCGUCAUCCGAGCUCCGUUAAGUUGUUGUUUUGCGUAAAGCAAAGGAGGAUUUUACGGGAAGAGAACAAUCUGGAAAAUGGAUCCGAUCGCUUUUUCAGCCGUCUGUGUUUUAACGUUUUCAGCUGUCACAAAAAACAAAACAAAAAAAAAAAAAAAAACACCACUCCUCUGAGCAGAAUCACGUCGUGAUGCUCUCGCCAAAGACGCCGUGUCUCAGCCUCCCCAGCGAGUUGGUGGCAGCGCGUUGGCAUCCUCAGGUUCUUUCAUGUCCCAUUAAAGUGGGUAAAUGUCAACGUCACAUUAUCUCAUAAACGUCGUGGCCGGUGAGGUGUGAUCUUCUGCUGCGAUUAGUUCUAUAUCCGGUGCAUAGUACACAACAGUCCACUCGACUAAAAAAAGCAACAAAUCAUUUGUGACCUUUGCCAGUGAUGGUGAAGCCCGCACGUGUUUGUUGUCGAAACAUUAACGUCGUGUAACUGCAUACGAUCUAAAAAAAAUCAUGCACUUAUUCACAAGUCACGGUCCAACUAAUCAGUUUUUUUAUGAAUUUCCCUUUUUUUAGCUGUGAAACUAGGACAUUCCUCUUCACUAUAGUUUUUAAAUGCUCCGCGAGUUGUUCACCAAGUAAAGAAUGUCUAAAGCUGUCGUUAUAAAUUUGGGAAAUCUCAUAGUGGUGAGGCUGGACUGACGCCCAGAGCACAAAUACCGCAUGUUUUACUGUAUAUUAGUGUCGUGUGCGUUGUCUUAACAUAGAUUACACAGAUACCGAGCAACAUCCUAGUGUUUUUACUUGAAAAUUUGGCAUUUGCUGUAGAGGGAUUUAGAAAAACGAAAUAGUUUAGAUUAUUUCUUAGCACUUUUCCAAGUUUUUUUAAACACUACCGAGUAUAAAUCACAUUUUCUGAUCAACACAUACAACGUUUGUGUCUCCAAUUUACUGUGUCAUUUGUUCCCAGUCUGUGAAUCACAGAGGCAGCUAUUACUGGCAGCGACAAGUCCGAACUUAGACAAUCCACAUGUCUGCAAUACUACUCUCAUUGUUCCUGCGACGUUUUUACAUCAUUUACACACACACAAAAAAAAAAAAAAACUUAUCCGCUUCCCUGGAGUGUGAUCAAACACUGGCAUUCCCAGUUUUUUUUUUUGUCCAGUGCAGCCACAACUCUCGAACCUCCCGGACACGUGGAUCUCUGAUCUGAUCGGUGAUGUGGUGCCCGACCUGUGCUGAAACGAGUGUUUGCUACACUUGCUUUGAAAUGGAAUUUAAGGAGGGUAAUGAAUAUUUUAUAAGGGGGGGGGGUAAAAAAUUUUAAAUGCUUUUCCAGUGUUCGAUGCGGUUGUCCUCAGGAAUAAAUAUAUUUAAAGGAAAAAAAAGGAUUUGCAAAAAAAAAAACAACAAAACAAACAAAAAAAAAAAGGAUGAAUUUGUAUAAUUUGGCCCAUUUUUACUAUUUAUUUUUUAAUUUUUAAUUUGGGGCGAUACCUUGUUUAAAUAAGUUCAAAACAGAGAAAUGCUCAUGUUAACAUUUUUAUUGUAUUAAACAUGAUGAAUUUA